GUGGCAUCGGACCAGAGCUGGCACUCGUCUUCCUGGUCGGAUACAUCCUGGGCCAGGCCAUGGGGUGGUUGGAAUGAAUGGGGUGGCCACCACUGGGGUCAUUCCUGGGAUUCCUGGUCGGGCUACGAUUGGAACGAGUGGGAAAAGGAAGCAGAGCAGGCUCAUGAGAAGGCAAGCAACAAUGAGGAGGCUCAUGAGAAGAAGGCAAGCAACGGUGAGAAGGCUCAUGAGAAGAAGGCAAGCACACCUCAGGCUCAUGAUCAUGAUGGUACAGAGAAGCGGGUGGAUGCCAUCCUACGCCGAGGACAGACGGUGGAUCAGUUGACGACUGAAGAGCUUCACUUGAUCGUUGGUCACAUCGACAAGCAGAAAAAGACGGCAGAAGAGAAGGCCGACGACGAGGGGGAGCCAGAUAAGCCGGCCGCUGAGACGAAGGAGGAACGAAGAAAGCGGCUCCAUGCUCGCAACAUGCGGUAUUACCGCAGCCUUGACAGUGUCAAUUGCCCGCCUGAGAUUGCUCGUUUGGCCCGAAAGGCCGUUGACGACGCAGGGCAGCGAUCCUACAUGUUCGAAUCAUGGCUGGCCUCAAACGAGGAUUGGAAGAAAAGCUCUUUGCUGGUGACCCUUCGUCGGAAGGGUUCCAGUGCACGCAGGGGACUCCGCAAGUGGGUGCUGUACAGUGAGAUGAUUACCAAAUGGGGCGAGGACAUAGCCCUGGCUAUGAAGGAAGCAAAGGAAACUGAUGAGCACAAGAGGAAGCACGAGAUCAGGGACUUCCCCGAUGCCCCGCAUCUCAAGCAAUACUUGUGUUUGUUUGAGGCCUCGGAGGAGGACUUGGACGAGGAGGCCUUUGAGACGGUCUUCUCUGCGGGUGCCGAGGCUUUGACUGCCGAGGAGCAAGAAAUGCAGGAGACGAAAUCGAAUGCCAACAAGGCCAUCAAGAAAGCCAAUGAGAGAAUCAAAGCAGCACAGAAAGUGAAGACAACCACAGAGAUCGAGGGUGUGGGACCCCAUCUUCUCAAAGCCAUGAAGAAUGAUGUGGAAGCCCAGGCCCAGCUCCUGGGGCAAGCCCGUGCAGAGCUGCAGAGUGCAGUGGACAAGGAUGAGGCCAGUCGGCAGUGCAAUUUCCAAUACCUUUGA